CUUUUAUCAUCUUUAUCCACCUCACUUCCUGGCUGCUGGCGGCCCGCCGUAUUAUCAGAAGACUUGACUGUGAAUCAUUGACAAGAUUCAAUCUUGUGAACAUGUGUGAGAAGCAAGCUCACUCUUUCUUGCCUGAGUACUCACAAUGGGGUCACUCUUUUUCCCACCUCUCCGAAGUGGACGAGGAGAGGAUCUAUAUGGAUUACAAUGCCACCACCCCUAUGGACUCAGAGGUUGCAGAGGCAGUCACUGUUGCAAUAAGGGAGGCUUGGGCAAACCCCAGCAGCAGCUACCUUCCAGGUGUGAAGGCAAGGGAUAUAAUUAACCAGGCCAGAGAGAGUGUCUCCAGAAUGGUUGGAGGAAAACCAGAGGAUAUCAUCUUCACAUCAGGGGGAACUGAGGCGAAUAACCUUGUGCUCCACACAGCGGUGAAGCAUUUCUGGCAAAGCCGUGAGACAGAGGAGAGGGAGGGGCUAAACAGUUCCCAACAAAACGGCAGAGCCAUCCUGCCUCACCUUGUCAUCUCUAAUGUAGAGCACGACUCCAUCCGACUGACGGCUGAGCACCUACAGAAGGAGGGCAGGGCAGGGGUCACAUCUGUGGCAGUCUCCAAGGUGACCGGUCGGGUUGAGGUGGAAGAUGUGGUUGCUGCGAUACGCCCCACAACCUGUCUUGUCUCCGUCAUGACUGCCAACAAUGAAACUGGGAUUAUUAUGCCAAUCAAGGAGAUCUGUCAGAGGGUGAGAGCUGUCAAUAAACAGAGACCUCUUCCCAGAAUCCUCGUCCAUACAGAUGCAGCCCAGGCCAUUGGGAAGAUCAGAGUAGAUGCUUGUGACAUGGGAGUGGAUUACCUGACAAUAGUGGGACACAAGUUCUAUGGACCUCGAGUUGGAGCACUCUAUGUGAAUGGACCUGGUACCACCUCUCCUCUCUACCCCAUUUUCUUUGGUGGAGGCCAGGAGCGCAACUUCAGGCCAGGGACUGAAAAUACUCAAAUGAUUGCUGGUCUAGGAAAGGCUGCAGAGCUGGUGAACACACACCUGUCAGAGUAUGAAACACAUCUCAGCGACAUCAGAUGCUACCUGGAGGAGAGACUAUUGGCUGCGUUUGGGGCAGAUAAAAUCCGCUUCAACAGUCAUUUCCCUGGUUCGGACAACCUUCCAAACACGUGCAACGUAUCCAUCCUGGGUCCAAGGCUUGUGGGUCGCCGGGUGUUGGCGACCUGCAGGAGAUUGCUGGCUAGCGUCGGAGCCGCGUGCCACUCGGGCCAAGUUGAUCGGCCUUCCCGUAUCCUGCUGAGCUGUGGAGUGCCUUAUGACGCAGCCAGCAAUGCACUACGUCUGAGUGUUGGGCGAAGCACCUCGCGAGAGGACGUGGACAUAGUGGUGGAGGACCUUAAGGAGACAACAGAAGUGCUGGAAAGAAUGAACUAGUGAUGUUGCAACAUGAGGGAGAGAAUUUCUGUGCAAUAGCACAAAUCCAUUGAUCAGGGACCUUACUGUAAUGAUCAAUUGAGCUGUAUGUUUUUCCUUUCAAAAUAAUUUUUAAAUAGAUAAGAGAAUAUUUAAUUUUGGCUUUAGUACUAUUAAUUGAGGAUUCAGUUUAGUCCUUGGUUCUCUCAAGGGAGCAACUACCAUGCUGGGAGCCAAGUGGAGCAAAUAACCUGACUAAAAUAAGUCUACUUCAUUUCUGAUCUUAGUCAUGCAUUUUUAAGGGGUUUCCCCCCACCAUUACCCAAGUGCUUUUAAACACUACUAAAUGGUUAUAGCACAUGGGAUUGCCAAGUGGCAGAUUAACAUGUGCACACACGCAACAUGAAAUUCUGCAUUCAACCUUCCUGUGAAAGAAUGAAACUCUGGGUAAACGUGCAUAGCAUCUCAAAACUGCUGCCACACGUGAAACCUAAUUUGUGAGUGAAUGCUAGACCACAAACCCCGCCAGCCUGAACGUUAAUAAUGAAUUCUUCGGAAAUAUGAAUAGAGCCAGUCACAAGUAUCAAGUGAAAUCAGUGACCUUUUGCUUGGUCUCCUCGCAAGCCAGACUUCUGACUUGUAGCACGUAAUGUGGUCCACAUUGUACCCUAAAGUGGGUAUAGGACCGUUUUAAAUAGAAUCUAAAGUCAGCUAUACUCAAAAAUAUCUUCUUCCAAAAUGCAGUGAUCAUGUCUUGUUUUAUUAAGCUUAUUACUGCAGCAGUUUGUUAAAUAGAAUUUAGCAUUUCGGCACACUGAUGGAAACCAAUGUGUUUUACAGUGAUGUGCUCUAAAUCUUGUGAUGUACAUAAUGGACACUGCUGCUGAUGCACUUCAUGAGCAAUAUGCACCCAUGUGAUCAGUGCUGCUCUGUGGGCAGAUAGUCUGAGGCUGACAUUAGCUCUUCCUAGAAUGGUCGACAACCAAGCUGUAGAUGCUGCAGUUACCUUUCAUUAUAUGCCAUAUUUAUCCCUCACUUGGUAAAACCCAAGGCCAGAGUACUGAUUUGGCCGGAGAGGAGGCAUCCUUUCUUGGCAAGGACCUUGAAACUAAUUUGUUAACUGAUUAGUGACCGAUUCCAUGUUACCUAGUGACUUUCGCACAUUAAGUUAUGUGGUGGUGUUUCUGGUCCACUCUGCUGAUUGUAAAAGUAACAGUGGAACCCAAGAUUGGUUGAAUUGGUUAGUGAGAAGGCUUUAGUGGACGUUAAAAUGGGAGCAGCUGGCUCAACACUCAAUCCACAUCGUCAGUCUUAUCAUUGGGGUGACAGCUUUGAUUAACAAGAAGGGUGCUCAUGAAGCUGAUUUCUGAUGCUACCAUGUCAUACAGCCACAGGAACAUUCAUAACCAGCAUCUCAAUUCAUCAGGUAGGAUCAGUUUGAUCAUGUGAGUACUUUAAAAGGGAGGUGUUCUAUGGUUGUACUUGUUGACAGCUGGCCCUACCACCCACUUACCGUUUCGGUAAUCUGUAUCGUAAUCAGUUUGUGUGAAUCAGGGUACGACUUUAUUAAUUGUUAGUUUUUUUUCCUCCUUUUUUCUUGUAAGUAAUCAUUUAAAAAAAUGUCAGGGCUUUUCUAUUGCAUGCAUAUUUGGUCAUCCUAGUUGAUGCAACCAUCAGCACAUUUCAAAUUAAUGUUUAUUUGGGAUUUUGAAAAAAAUGUAGUGUCUAAAAUGUGUUUUAGUAAUGUGUAAUAUUUUGCUAAUUUUGUGUACAAAACCAAGUUUCUUGCACUUGCACUCUUGAUAUACCCUUAAUAGAAACAAAUGUGAACUGUGACCACAAAAGACAUCUAAUUCAACAAUACAGUACAAAAUCUACUGUUGCAGAAGUGGAAACAGUGGAAACUGUUGGUUACAUAAUGGUUGUAACCCUGGUAACAGUGGGGUAGUGCGGCACACUGAUCUUAAGGUCAUUAGUCAGAGCUAAGUGAACUUCAGCUGGUAGCAUGCGGUCUCCUCUAACAUUACUUGUACUUCCCUCUCUGUUUCAAUGUUAAUCUGAUAAUGCUCUGAUAGAGCACCAUUAAAGUUCCAAUGGAUCGACCUGA